ACCAUGCUAAAAGUCUUGUGUAGAAACUAAAUUAUUUAUAGACGAAGGGAGUAAAUGAGUAAUAAAUUGAAAAGAGCAGGAGUACAAAAAAAAGAAAGGGUUGAAGAAAACAGAGCCUCUCAACCACUUGUAAGUUGUAAUUGAUACUGAAGAUACAAGUAAAAAAAAGAAAAAAAGAUGAACAAGUGCGAAGCAAAUAAUACAGCUCUAACUCCAAUCACGUUCUUGAAAAGAGCUGCUAUGUUUUAUGCUGAGCGUAACUCCAUCAUAUAUGGUGGAGCUCGCUUCACCUGGCACCAGACCUAUGACCGCUGCCGCCGCCUUGCUUCGUCCCUCCUUUCCCUUGGCUUAGCCAAGAAUAAUGUGGUAUCAAUAUUGGCCCCAAACAUACCAGCAUUGUACGAGAUGCACUUUGCAGUGCCAAUGGCAGGAUGUGUGCUAAACGCCAUCAAUACAAGACUUGAUGCCAACAAUAUCAAGUCUAUUCUUCACCACUCGGAAGCUAAGAUCUUCUUUGUGGACUACGAGUAUAUCCCUUUGGCUUACCAGGCGAUUCGCCUCUUAGAGAACAGACCUUCUAUUGUUAUUAUUAAAGAGAACGAGAACUCGAUCACUAUGGAUAAUCUUGACUCUCAUCAAUACAAAGACUACGAAGAAUUGAUUACAACAGGAAAUGCAAAAUUCGUACCAAAAAAGAUUGAAGAUGAAUGGGAUCCAAUUUCACUAAACUACACAUCUGGUACGACAUCUUCACCAAAGGGAGUUGUGUAUAGUCACCGUGGAGCGUACCUUAGCACAUUAAGCAUGCUCUUAGGUUGGGAAAUGGGAUCACAACCGGUUUAUUUGUGGUCAUUACCAAUGUUUCAUUGUAAUGGAUGGACUCUUACAUGGGGGAUUGCGGCACGUGGCGGGACUAAUAUUUGCAUACGCUACCCAACUGCCUCUUUGAUUUACGAAAGCAUUCAACUACAUGAUGUUACACACAUGUGUUGUGCACCUGUUGUGUUGAAGAUUCUUCUAGAAGAGAAGCCUAAUAAUGAGCGCGUGCAUCUCACGUCCCGAGUUAAUAUCCUCACCGGUGGGGCCCCUCCACCGGCGAAGCUAUUGAAGGAGAUGAACGAGGUUGGGUUUCAUGUGGUGCACGCUUAUGGGCUAACGGAGGCGACAGGUCCUGCAUUGGUGUGUGAGUGGCAAAAGAAGUGGGACCGCCUUUCGCUGGAUGAACAAGCUCGGUUAAAGACUCGUCAAGGGGUUAGUGUGUUAAAUAUAACAGAUGUGAGUGUAAAGGAUAUGGUCACAAUGCAAAGUGUGCCAAAUGAUGGGAAAACAAUAGGGGAGAUUGUGUUACGUGGUAGUGGUAUAAUGAAGGGAUACUUUAAGAACGAGAAAGCUACUUCUAAGGCAUUUGAAUAUGGGUGGUUUCAUACGGGUGAUUUAGGGGUAAUCCAUCCGGAUGGAUAUAUAGAGAUAAAAGAUAGAUUAAAAGACGUGAUUAUUUCAGGAGGGGAGAAUAUUAGUAGUGUGGAGGUGGAAGGUGUGAUAUUUCAACAUCCAAAAGUGUCUGAGGUGGCGGUGGUUGCAAUGCCUCACCCACGUUGGGGCGAAAGUCCUUGUGCUUUUAUUGUGAAAAGUGCAAAAGAUAAAAGUGUGACGGAACAAGAGAUACUAAUGUAUUGUAGAUGUAAUCUUCCUCGCUAUAUGGUGCCUAAGAAGACUUGUUUUGUGAAGGAGCUCCCAAAGACCUCAACUGGAAAAGUUCAAAAGGGAGCAUUGCGUGCAAUUGCAAAGAAGUUUGAUGUACCAAACUCAAACAUUGAGUUUGAAUCGGAUAAAAAACACAUCGUCUCACGUCUUUAGUGAUUAGUACAUGCAUGUAAUUAAUUAAUUGGAAAGAAUUUGCAUUGGUGAA